UUUGUCUGGACCUUGUUGACCUGACUGCUGAAGAAAUGGCUGACCUGCCACUGUCCGACGUCAUUAUCCAGCCAGCCCCAGCAUCUAGCACAUCCAAAUUUGUCUUCAGUGCUCCAGCAGGCAGCUCUCCUGUUGAAGUCAUUGUGCAAGUUGAAAAAGGAGGACUUCUUGAAUAUCUGUUGGUUGAGGGUACUUUCACUUCUUACCAAGUCAUCAUCAAGGAUGAAUCUCUCACUGCUAGCGCACCUUUGGAGAAUGUUGAUGGUGACGAUACCUUCGUGCCUGGACAAGAGAACUUGUUCAACAAGGAUCUUGAAGAUAAUGAACAAAUCUACAUCGUAUUCCAAGGACCAGCAGAAGGAUUUGAUGUCAGCAUUGAAAAAUUCAAACUCUGCUUGCCAGAGAUGAGAUUCUGUCAACUCACAAAGGAUGAAGUUCUGAGAGAGCUCUCUUUCUUGCCAUUGAACGGUGUUCUUGGUGUCAGCCCUGAUGACAACGAGGAAGUCAACUAUGGCUUGACAGGCCCAGGAGACACGCUGGAGGAAGGCACCAAGGUCCAAGGCAACUGCUACGUCUGCGAGUGCGUGAACUAUGUUUUGGAGUGCACUGUUGAUCCAGAAUGUGAGAAAUGCCCCAACUACACAGCAACAUGUGAAGGCUCUUGUGACAACCCCGAGUUGGUGUUCGAUUUUGAGAACCCAGGCGUUGAUCCAAGCUGUGUUGCCAACGAGACAUGUGUGCCAGAUGGAUGCACUACACCUCACAACUGCCCAUCCCCAUGGGGAGAAUGGUCCGAGUGCGACCAGUGUGUGAAACAACGAACAAGGACCUGCGACGAGAGCUGUGGAAGCUUGUGCAACAACAUUCAGCUUUCUGAAGUGGAACAAUGCGAACCUUGUGUGACAGUACCACCUCCUGUGCAAUGCGACGAGAACGAAGAACUGAAAUGCUACAACACCUUCGUUAUGUGCAACGAGUCUUGCAAGAUGCGUCUUGACCAGGAUUCUUGCAACAGCCUGAUUGCAGAUGAAGACUUGCCAUGCAAUGAAUCAUGUGCCUGCAAAGAUGGCUUCAUGAGGAACCAAGCUGGAGUGUGUGUGGAAGAGCAAGAAUGCGAAUGUUACAAUGGAACCGUCGCUCUGCCAAUGAACUACAGGGAAAAUGUCAGCGCAUGUAAAUACUGCAUCUGCGCUGAAACUGGAUACGAGUGCUACACCAUUGAUGAUUGCUGUGAGUUGGGAGAAUGGUCUGGAUGGUCCGAGUGCUCUGUCACAUGUGGACAAGGAAUCAAGACAAGAACAAGGGAACAAACUGGAAUGGGAUGUGAUGCUGAAAAACUCCUAGAAACAGAAGACUGCAUGGAGAAUGAAUGUCCAUGCAUAUACAUGGGUAAAGAAUAUGCUCCUGAUGAAAUCAUCGAUGAUGAGUGUAAAUACUGUAAAUGUGACUCCGGCAGCAUGCAAUGUGAACCCAAGAAUAACCCAGACACCUGGCAGACAGAUGACUGCCAAGAGACCUGCUACUGUGGUGAAAACGGCGAGAUGGUUUGCACAAACACAUCCAAACCUGAAUGUGAAGAAAUCCGCAACAACUGCAACAACGAUACACACAUGCUUGAGGACAACCCAGACGAUCCUUGCUGUCCUAAGUGCGUGCCAAGGAUGAAGCCUUGCGAGGACAAAGUUGUGGGAUCCACCAAACUCAACUACACAAGCACCAACAGCGGACUCUGUAUCUCAGAGGAUAUUGAAAUCAAGGUCUGUGAAGGCUCUUGUGGCUUCAGCAGCUCCGGUGGCAACUACUUUGCAAGUUAUUCACAAGAUCCUAUCAAACCUCCUGCCUUUGACAUGAACACCUACUCCGACUGUAAAUGUUGCAAUGCUAACCUGGUCGUCAAGGAAGUCAGCUUCAACUGUGCCGAUGAGUCCGUCACUAAGAUCAGUGUGACAAGCAUCGGUUCCUGUAGCUGUAUGCAGUGCACAUAAGAUGCAAGCCGCACCUACACCGAGGAGACGCACUAAUGGAUGAACGAAAGACUGACCGCACAUUUGAAGACUAUAAUAUAUAAUGUUAUGUGCGAAUAAAUAAAGUUAUAUGAAUUAAA